AUGGCGACCAGAAAUAUCAACAUGACCACGCAAGGCGGCAGCACGGCAACGAGGCCAUCCAUGGCGCCACAGGGAUCGGGGAGCGUCGUCAAGGCGCGGCAGCUCACGCAACUUCACUCGCAGCUGGCGCAGUUGUCGUCCAAUUUGGCGGAUACGGAGAACUUGCUGCGCAUGACUGCUGUGCAGGCUGAGGCUAUGCGAGGCUUGGGGAGUUGGCAUGGGGGGAUGUUCAUGGCUGCGAGUAAGGUGCUUGGGGAGGAGUCGGUCAAGGAGCAGCCUCAGAUGAAAUAA